AGGCGGCGGCCGUGGGGGCACUGCAGCCCCUGAGCUUGCGAGAACAGGGGACAGGUUCCUGCUUGCUGCUGUGUUGGUCACACACCUUUGCUCACGCCGGGGCAGACCGCAGCACGGAGGCGGGCAGCUGCGAGGGGCCGCCCGGCGCCGGGGCUCGUCCCGCUGCGAGGCCGACGCGCCUGUGGGGGCCUCAAGGAGGGCAGCCGGUUGCAGCGAGGAGCCCUCCCUGCGCCUCCAGGGCCGCCAGCAGGACCCCGCUCCCAGCCCGCUCGCCCUCCGGGGGGCGGUGGCGGCGGGGGUGCCGCGCGGCCUGGGCGCCCGCUCCUCCUCCAUGCCGGCAGAGGGCGGCCCAGGGGCGGCGGGGCGGACCGCGCCGCCGUGCGGGGCCGGGCAGCCAACAUGGCUGUGCUGCUGGAGACCACGCUGGGCGACCUGGUGAUCGACCUGUACACGGAGGAGAGGCCCCGCGCUUGUCUGAAUUUUCUGAAGCUCUGCAAAGUGAAGUACUACAACUAUUGUCUUAUUUAUAAUGUACAGAGGGAUUUUAUUAUACAAACUGGUGACCCCAUGGGAACUGGCCGUGGAGGGGAAUCCAUAUUUUGUCAACUGUAUGGUGAUCAAGCUAGAUUUUUUGAGGCAGAAAAAGUGCCAAGAAUUAAGCACAAGAAAAAGGGAACCGUGUCAAUGGUGAACAAUGGCAAUGAUCAGCAUGGAUCACAGUUUCUUAUUACUACAGGGGAAAACCUGGAUUAUCUUGAUGGUGUGCAUACAGUAUUUGGAGAAGUGACAGAAGGCAUGGAUGUAUUGAAAACAAUUAAUGAAACCUUUGUAGAUAAGGAUUUUAUCCCAUAUCAAGAUAUCAGGAUAAAUCACACAGUAAUUUUAGAUGAUCCGUUUGAAGAUCCACCUGGCUUGUCUGUUCCUGAUCGAUCACCAGAACCUACUAAGGAACAGCUAGAUAGUGGCAGAAUAGGAGCAGAUGAAGAAAUUGAUGACUUGAAAGGACGGUCUGCGGAUGAAAUAGAAGAAGUUCAGGCAGAAAAAGAAGCAAAAACUCGUGCUAUUCUUCUGGAAAUGGUGGGAGACUUACCAGAUGCAGAGGUCAAGCCACCAGAAAAUGUGCUGUUUGUUUGUAAACUGAAUCCUGUGACCACAGAUGAAGACCUAGAAAUAAUAUUUUCACGUUUUGGUCCCAUUAAAAGCUGUGAAGUGAUUCGAGACUGGAAGACUGGUGAAUCUCUUUGUUAUGCUUUCAUUGAGUUUGAAAAGGAGGAAGACUGUGAGAAAGCCUACUUCAAAAUGGACAAUGUGCUGAUAGAUGACAGACGGAUACAUGUGGAUUUUAGUCAGUCUGUUGCAAAGAUUAAGUGGAAGGGAAAAGGUGAGCGGUAUACCAAGGAUGAUUUCAAGGAGUAUGAAAAGGAACGUGACAAACCUUCAAAACUUGCUCUGAAAGAGAAGGUAAAACCAAAGCAGGAUGCCAAGUAUGACCUUGUGCUCGAUGAGGAUAUAGAAGAGUCUCAAACAAGUCACUCACACUUGGCUAAAAAACAAAAGAAGAAAAAGCACCACCACUCUGAAGAUGAAGAGGAUGACAAGAGGACCAAAAAAUCGAAGGAUUCUGAUCGAAAACAUGAGGGAGAACGCUGUAGAGAGAAGAUAAAGGGUGAGAAGAAAGACAGACAUCGGAGUCGGAGCCGAUCUCAAGAGAGAGACUACACUUACAGUAAACAAAGAGACAAAUACAGAGACGACGUCCGAAUAAGAGACUGGGAUAAAAAAGCAGACAGAAGCAGAAGUCCUAAGAAAUCAAAAGACAAGGAGAGAUCCAAGUACAGAUGAAGGAUGAGGAACAGAGAGGGGGAAGUAAAAACAUGUCGUCUUCCAGCAUUUCCAGCAUUCUCUCAGAUGGAUGUGCAUUACUGGAUAAAAGCAGUUGCCUUCUGUUGGCAGCUUGGCCUUUAUAAUUCCAUGAAUGCCCAAUGUAUGACUGUCAGAGUAAGCCUUGAUUCAAAAAAGGUUGUUUCAAUAAAGUAUUUCACAUUAGUGAAAUGGUUUGAGUCUCCGAUAAGGAGUGUUGUCUAAAGCUUUCUGGAAACAUAAGCAUGCACUAACAAGUGAAUUGUCCUCCUCCACUGUGAAGAGAUUUGCAGGACACCUCCUCCUUGUAGAAAGGAGGUACAUUUAUCUUUCAGCACUUUCAGAUGCUAUGGUAAUGAGUGUGAUAGAAGACCUGGGGAGACAGAAAUGUGCUGGGCACACCCCUUCCAGAAAGUGGGCAGAUACCAUUUGUAUAUGAAUACUCAAAACUCUUUCCUUCCUUUAAAAUUGCUUCUGGUUGGCUUAGUCCUGUCAGCUCUGUUUGCUGUCACCACUGUAGCAGUGGUAAAAGGCGCUGAAGUACUGCUGUGCCGCUUGCAAGGGCGAUAGAAGUGCUGCGCCAUAUUAAAUGAGUGAUGCUUACUUUCUCGCUUAUGCGGAUACUGUGGCAUUGCUGGAGGAUGCCUCCCAAAACCGAGGCUCACUUGAUACUUCUGAGCCUCUGUAGUGUCAGGGCAUCUUUCCAGGUUUUGUGGCAGGAGUAGGUCAGUUAAUAACACUUCAUCUACAGAGGAAUGCAGGUGAUGUUAUCAGAGCCCAGGUCCUAGUGAAAGUUGGCAGGCUCUUAAAUGUCUGGCUUGCUCUGAUAAACAAGGCCUCACCAUUUAAACAGUGUUAGCCAGUAUGCAUACAUUUUAAGAACACUUAUGUCCUCCUCUCUUUCUCCAGAGGAGGAGAGAUCUCACAUUGUUAGGAGGGGAGGGGAAAUAUGGGGAACAGUAUUUGUCGUCUUUUCCCUUCCAUGGAAUGUGUGAUGGCUUGGAGGCAGUCUGCUUUAAUGAAUAAAUUCAACUUUUUCCUUUUGUGA